AUGGUAAAUCCUUCGUUUUACAUGCAACGACCGACGGACCAGAAGGAGCUGAAAAAACCCAGCGGACUGCAGGCAGAGGGAUUCGACAAGAAUCCGUCGAAAGCAGGCAAUAAACCGUCGGCCAAGGGUAGUAACCAGGCACUACCAACGGAAACCGACAAGAAUCUACCGAUAAGCAUUGGAAAGGCGAAGUCUGUAGUAUCCCAUGUAUCCAGUCGGGCAUCCAGUAGAUCCUCGCAAUCGCUUGUUAAGUUGAAGCUGCAAAAGCUAGAAGAAGAGCGGAUCCUAAACGCGAAGAAGAUGGAACAAGAACGAGUGUACUUGGAGGAGAAAUACAGGCUGCUGGAAGCGAUGGCAAGCGAGGACGGGUCGAAUACGAACAGUGAAUCGGAUGUCGUGAGAAGAUGGCUACCUCAAGCGCAAUCAAGUCACCAUUCGCAACCGGAAGAUCAAAGUUCGGUGGCCCAAGAAUCCCUCCACCCCGUCGCUGACCAAUUUUCCAAUCAUCGCUCUAGAGCACUCAUCGAUGGCCCACGUAACAUACUCGAGGAGAUUCGACGCGAAGGCCCACCGUACGUCGGCCGUCUGCCGGAACGUGAAGAAGACUUCUUUCCGCUAACUAAGAAACAGCUAGCUGCGCGGCAAGCCGUUGCUAAGGAUCUGCCCCAGUUCUCCGGCAAUCCUGAGGAUUGGCCACUCUUUGUGGCAACCUUCAAUAAUACGACAGCCAUGUGCGGCUUCAGCAAUGAUGAGAAUAUCUUUCGACUUCAGAAAAGUCUUAAAGGACGAGCAUUCGAAGCGGUGAAAAGCCGUUUGGUACAUCCCUCGAAUGUGCCAGGUAUUUUGAAGACACUAAAGAUGAUGUUCGGACAGCCUGAAGCCAUCGUUCAUACACUCAUUGAAAAAAUCCACACCCUGCCGGCCGUCAGAGAAGACAAGCUAGAAACCCUAGUGGACUUUGCCGUGAGUGUGGAGAAUUUCUGCGCGACGGUGGAUGCAUGCGGCCUGGAUGAAUACCUGUACAACACUUCACUUCUGCAUCAACUGGUGAGCAAGUUACCUCCAACCAUCAAGCUGAACUGGGCGCAGUACAGGAUAUCUAUCCCAGGGGUCAACCUAGCAGCGUUCAGUACCUGGAUGUACUCUCUUGCUGAGGCAGCAAGCACCGUGAUAAUUCCGGAAACCACAAAUGAAAAGACCAUUCGGAGCGAAAGGAAGAAGGGACAUGUCUUCGUCAAUGCUCAUUCCGGAAAUGCUUCCCCGGUGCCCCCGGCGACCAAACCAUCUAGCUGGAAGAAUCCCAGUGCCAACGACGAAUGCAUUGUCUGUAAGGAAGCAUGCCAGGCGGUCGACAAGUGCAAGCGCUUUCUGGACUUCUCCCGGGACUCACGCUGGGCCAUAGUACGGGAGUUCGGACUUUGUCGCCGCUGUCUCCGUCGCCACAAUGAAGAGUGCCAAGCCAAGCCUUGUGGGAAGAAUGGGUGUCAGUUCAAGCACCAUGCACUGCUGCACAACGACCACAAACAUCAACCGCCAUCAACACCAGCAACGUCUGCAAACAUGAGAAUAACGCCCCGUACAGUUGGGCAUACGGAUCCUCCUAGAGCAGACGCUGACUCGACAGCGCAUGGAUGCCACACGCAUCAAACCAAGUCAAGCAACAUCCUAUUCCGCUACGUUCCAGUAAUUCUACACGGAGAACGUGGGUCAAUCCGUACCUACGCAUUCCUGGAUGAUGGUUCGGAUCUUACGCUGCUGGAUGAAGAGUUGGCUGAUGAGCUCGAGCUGGGUGGAGAAGUUCGAUCACUUUGCCUUCACUGGACCGGUGGUACACAGCGACGAGAGACAAUGUCAAGGAUCAUCAAGUUUGGGAUCGCUGGAGUGCAUAGUGGAGCCAAAACCUUCACAGUUAGCGCUGCGCGCACGGUGAACGAGCUUCUUCUUCCGUAUCAGACGAUGGACAUAGAAGAGUUGUGUUCAUUGCAUUCCCAUCUAAAGGGGCUUCCGAUCGUAUCGUAUCACAAUAUUCGACCACGUAUUCUCAUCGGACUAAAGAACCAGCAUCUCAGCCUUUCCCUCAAAUGUCGCGAAGGCAAGCCGAACGACCCCAUUGCCAUCAAAACUCGUCUCGGCUGGACAGUAUGUGGAGGAGGAACAUCGGAAUCUGCAACUAGUCCAGUGCACUCUGUCUACCACAUCGGAUCUUGCGAAGACGAUUAUAAAAUGGACGAAGACCUACACCAAACUAUCAAGGACUAUUUUUCACUGGAUAGCUUGGGAGUUAUGAAGCCACAACAGGCCCUUCUCUCCGUCGACGAUCAACGAGCACAGUAUUUGCUUGAAUCAAUGACCAAGUUCACAGGAGAACGAUACGAAACCGGCCUCCUUUGGCGUCACGACAACAUCCGAUUACCGGACAGCCAAAAAAUGGCCCAACGGCGGUUUCAGUGUCUUGAAACGCGCAUGAAGAAGGAUGAAGUGCUCUCCAAAACAUUAAAGGAAAAAAUGGCCGACUACGCAGAUAAGGGCUACAUACGAAAAUUGUCUAAUGAAGAGCUGCAGCAACCAUUCAAGCGGGUGUGGUAUCUUCCGAUAUUUCCGGUGACGAAUCCAAACAAACCGGGUAAAGUGAGGAUCGUAUGGGACGCAGCGGCCAAGGCGUUCGGCGUAUCGCUUAAUUCUGCCCUGUUGAAGGGUCCCGAUCAUCUUUCGUCGUUGUUCACCGUGUUAAUCGGGUUCCGUGAGCGCCCCGUAGCCUUGGCAGGUGACAUACGUGAGAUGUUUCACCAAGUUCAAAUCCGGAAAGAAGACCAACAGUGCCAGCGGUUCUACUGGAGGGAUGAGAACGGAGAAGUAGUAGUUUAUGCAAUGAACGUUAUGACAUUCGGCGCCUGUUGCUCCCCUAGUAGCGCUCAUUACGCCAUGAACCUGAACGCCUCGCGCUUCAACCAGAAACAUCCAGCCGCCGUUGAGGCAAUUAAGAAACGACAUUACGUUGACGACAUGUUGGUGAGCGCUAAUACCGAAGAAGAAGCAAUCAAACUUGCCCAGGAAGUAAGGUUUGUUCAUUUGCAGGGAGGAUUUGAAAUCCGUAACUGGACUAGCAACUCUCAAAGUGUCUUAGCAACCCUUCGUGGAAGUAACGCUGUGGAAAAAAGCUUAAAUCUCUCGCCAGAAACGGAAGCUGAAAAGGUGCUCGGGAUGUGGUGGUGUACAUCUGCAGACGUCUUCACCUUCAGGGUCAGUUGGAACCGCUACGACUGCAACCUAUGGAACGGAUGUCGUCAUCCCACAAAACGGGAGGUACUACGGAUCCUCAUGACGAUUUUCGAUCCUCUCGGACUCAUUGCGCCGUUCCUAAUGUUCCUCAAGAUCCUUCUACAGGAAAUCUGGCGUAGCGGCAUCCAGUGGGACGACAAUAUCAACGACGACGCAUUUGCCAAAUGGCGUAGCUGGUUGCAAGUCCUACCGCGAGUUGAGGAAGUACACAUACCACGAUGCUUCCGCUCUCAGGCUGCCUCUAGGUACGACGAAGUUCAACUUCACACAUUCGUGGACGCGAGUGAAAACGGCAUGGCCGCUGCAUGCUACAUAAGAUUCAUGCAAAAUGGAUUUGUCUGGUGUCACCUAGUUGCCGCCAAAACAAGAGUUGCUCCUUUGAGAUAUCACUCAAUCCCACGACUGGAGCUUAUGGCAGCGGUUAUCGGCACGAGGUUAUCCCGAACGGUUGUCGAUUCCCUGUCAUUUAAUAUGAAUAAGCAAUUCUAUCAUUCAGAUUCUCGGGAUGUGCUUUGCUGGUUAUAUUCGGACCAUCGUCGUUACACACCAUUCGUUGCCUGUCGAGUUAGCGAGAUUCUGGAAUCAACGGAGCAAAUCCAGUGGCGUUGGGUUCCAACGAAGCUAAAUGUCGCGGAUGAAGGAACAAAAUGGGAGAAGUUUCCCGACAUGACUCCUGAAUCCAGGUGGUUCAUCGGGCCAGAAUUCCUACGCCUUCCGGAAGAAGCGUGGCCACGUCAACCGUCGAAAGCCAACAAGACCGAUACUGAACUCCGCCCAUAUCUAUUAACCCAUUCCACCGUACCUGACCCGGCUAUCAAUGUCUCCAGCUGGAAGCAGAUGGUCAAGGUAGCUACGCUUGUACACCGUUUCCCAAAAAACUGUCGUCUGAAGCAACAGAAGAAGCCUAUCCUGUGUGGUCCCCCUUCCACUGAAGAAAUACAGGUCGCCGAGAGAUAUGUGAUACGUCAAGCCCAACGAGAAGCUUACCCAGAUGAAACAGACAUUCUUCUGAAACCAACGAACGAAUCAUCAAAGAGCAUUUCUAAGAACAGUUCGUUGUUCAAGUUGACGCCCUGGCUGGAUAACUACGGAAUCAUGCGAAUGCGCGGCAGAAUCAACGCUUGUACCCAAGCCACCGAAGAUGCCAAAAAUCCUAUCAUCCUCCCACGCAACCACCACACCACAGAUCUUCUAAUCACACACUAUCACAAUAAGUACCACCACCAAAACCAUGAGACUGCCAUAAAUGAAAUCCGACAGAAAUACUGCAUUCCUAGACUACGAACGACAUAUGCGAAGUGGAAGUCGUUGUGGGCCGUCGAGUGGAGAAACGUUGGGGUAUGCUGA